CGCGUGAUCUUGCCCCCGUGAAACGCUCUCGCACGCGCGUCCUCCAACGACCAGAGUUAACCACCCGCGCGCGCACAAAGUUUCCUAAACUUUCGCAUAUGCAAUAUUUUGCACGAUGAAUAUUUUGCGAUCAAAGUGCUAAACACCGGUGGCACGGCCACUUAAAAACUUUAAAAACUUUACACAUAAAUGACAAUUGUUGAACGCUUUUUGGAAGUGCAAUUAGGUGCUUCGCACGAGUUUGCGCGACGAGUAUAAAAUUUCUUCAGUGUGACGAAACUUUACUGGAGCGAGGCAAUUGAAAAAUAAAUAAACUUUUAAUCAGUGAAAUUCAAUAUUCUUCGAAUUGUGGCACGUGCACACACGACGACGCGCAAAGAAGAAAUUUGAUUCAUGUGAAGAAUUCAGCUCGGCAAGUUUGAAUGCGCUCGGGAAUCUCAACAUCACGAAGAUGAAGCAACACAAUUGGCGGCCACUCUGCAUAGCAAUCGUGUUUUGGCUGCCCCUAAUCAGCUCGUUUGAUAUACAAUCGUGCAAUGAAGCACUCGGAAUGGAAUCCGGGGAUAUACCGGACGAGGCCAUCACAGCGAGCUCUUCCUACGUCCCAAACGUCGGCCCGAGGAACGGCAGACUGCGCAUCGAGAAAGCAGGAGGUGGUUGGUGCCCGAAACUGCAAGUGGAGCAGGGCAUCAGGGAGUACAUUCAGGUCGAUUUGGGAGACGUCCAUAUGGUCACCGGCGUGCAGACACAAGGGCGGUACGACCGCGGGCGCGGACAAGAAUACGCCGAAGAGUACACCGUAGAAUAUUGGCGGCCCGGCAUGGAGAAUUGGCGAGAGUACAAGCGAUGGGACGGCAAGCAGAUCCUUCGAGGAAACAGUGACACCGCCUCGGUAGAAAGCCAUCGUUUGAUGCCGCCGGUGUUCGCCAGCAAAGUGCGAGUGCUGCCCUACAGCGUUCACCGGCGAACCGUCUGUCUCCGGCUAGAAUUGUUAGGAUGCAUCUACGAAGGUGGUGUCAUGUCCUACACGGCUCCAGUCGGCGGUGAAGCUUCUCAAGGUCUGUGGGACAGUUCGUAUGAUGGUAGACCUGCUCUUGGUGAAAUGCAAGGCGGCUUAGGGCGUCUCGUCGACGGCGAGUAUGGUGCAGACAAUUAUCGAUUAGAUAUCGGUUACGGCAAAGGUAACGGCUGGGUCGGCUGGCGCAAUGACUCCGUGCAGGACGGCUACGUGGAGCUGGUGUUCGCCUUCGACCAAGUGCGCAAUUUCAGCGCCGUGCAUCUCUUCACAAACAACUUUUUCUCGAAAAACGUUCAAGUUUUCUCGAAAGCCAAAGUGAUGUUCAGUAUAGGUGGGACUUAUUACAACGGGAAAACUUUGUCGUACUCUUAUAUGCCAGAUCGCGUCCUUGAAAACGCACGCAACGUCACGAUCCGACUUCACGAACGGUUGGCGCGCUUCGUUAAGAUCCGCUUGUACUUCGCGGACCGUUGGAUUAUGCUCAGCGAAGUCUCCUUUGAUGCCGUUCCAGCUUCACUUAAUACGACAGAAGAAGAAACUCUCGACUCUGACGUUAACGAGAUUGUUAUACAUUCGAACGGAAAUCCGAACCAUGACACAUUUGAAACAAUCGCGGCGCGCAAGGACGGAGACGGCUACGUGGAAGUAAUAAUAGGGGUGUUAACGGCCAUAAUGCUGUUGCUCCUCGUCGUGUUCGUGAUUAUUUUGAUAGUGAGCAGACGACAUAAACUGCAAGGGUCGCCGACGUUGCUCCGCAAUCCGUUCGGCGUCACAAUCAACAUGAAGUGGAUGAUGCGUUUUCAGGACCUACUGAUGACGUUCUCGUCGUCAAAUGGCAACGCCGGAACCGGAAGCAAUGCUCAUCCGACGCCCAUCGCGCAAGAACCGCAAACGGACCCAAUGGGCUACGAACAAUUUCGCGCGCCGCUCGUUAAUUCCACCUAUUAUGCGCCGAAUUACGCCACGCUGCGGAUAUCGCGGACGAUGCCCAACGACGCCGACCAGCUGGACGACGACGAAGAGGAUCCGCCGGAAGUGCCGCCACUGCCAUCCUCGCCUUCGCUACACCACAGUCCGAUAACGACAGUGGCGUCACCUAUGCACUACCGCAGUCUACAAAGCACGCCGGCCAUCAGUCCCAAAUCGAAGAUGAUUAAUUUGGGCAAUUACUUCCCACGCGUGGCCACCGAUCCACCAAACCGGAAGCGUUAUCACACUGCUCCCAGAGAGAAGCAGCGGAUACCGCCGCCGGUGAUCUGCUGGAAUAUCGCUCCCAGCAUGGGGCACGCGUACACGUGUCGCGAAUCCGACCCACCGACGAUAUCACGCUACACGAUGACGUCCGUGGAGAACCUCGGCUCGUGUCAUUGUGGCGAGAUAAGCCUGUAUGAGAUGGAAGACGUCGACGACGAGAUCGACACGGCGCAACGUUUGGUGAUCGUGCGAACGGCGAGGUCAGAGCUGACGAAAAACGACGCCGCCACCGGUGCGAUGGAGUCGAUGCGCGAGGUGCGUUUCCUCGCCGGCCUAUCGGACCCGAAUCUCUGCCACGUGCUUGGCGUUUGCACAGCCGAGCAUCCGUCGUGGACAAUCUUUGAGUACGGCGAGAUGGGCGAUCUCGCGCAGUAUCUCCAAUUCUUGGCGAACCGGAACGGCACGGUUCGAUCGUCGCAGGACUCGCCCAUAAGUGCGGAAACUUUAAUAUACAUGUCGACGCAAAUCGCCUCCGGGAUGAAAUACUUGGAGUCGAAGCACGUUGUUCACAAAGACUUAGCAGCACGUAAUUGUCUAGUUGGUCGAGGUUACGUUGUGAAAAUCACCGACAUUGCAAUGUGCAAGCCGCAAUACCGCAAAGACUACGCGGAAAUUGGUGGACGACCUCCGGCGCCGAUAAGAUGGCUGCCUUGGGAGAGCAUAUUACUGGAUCGCUACACGUGCGCGAGCAGCGUGUGGUCGUUCGCCGUCACAAUGUGGGAAAUCCUCGGCCUGGUCAACGAGAAGCCCUACCAAAGCUUGACCAACGAAAAAGUGAUACAGAACGCCGAGCACAUGUACUACGGCGGCGAGCCGGAAGUGCUACUGGAAAAGCCAUUAAUCUGCCCGCCGGAGAUUUACGACUUGUUGUGCCAGUGCUGGAAGCGGGACGAGGCGGCGCGGCCGACGUUCAAGCAGAUUUUCCUCUUCUUGAAGCACACGAACAGCGACUACAUACCAUCCGACUGAAUCGCAUUCUCCUAAUCUCUUUUCUUUCCAGCCGCCCGGUUUUCCUAUUUUCUAUUUGGCGCACGACGCGCGGCGCCUCGCAAUUCCUCUAUUUUCACUAACCCAAAUAUUUUCCAUUCCGCAGCGUAUAAUUCACCGUUCGUAUACAACAAUAACUAUGGUGCCAGUGCUGCAAAGAAAUGCAUUGUGAAAUAAAUCUAUAAAUCUAUAAAAUCUUCAGCGUUCUUAUCGCAAGCGGUACUAAAAAAACUUGCAAUUUUUAAAUUGCCCAUAACGUGCAGAUGGCGCUUCAUGUCGCUUGCGUUUUUAUUAAAUUAAAGAGGAACAAUCAGCACAGAUAAUCUCGACACGGCAUGUUUAAUUAAAUUAAUUAAAUAUUGAAUGAGACGAAAUUACGCGUAGGUAGAUAAGAUAAAAAGAGUUUACUGAUGUUUUUACUAAAGCCUGAUUGUCGUUAAGACUUGUCUGUAAUAUAAUAGUAUGUAACAAUUGUAAAAAAAUACACAACGUAAAAGUAUGUACAUAUCAGAUUUACAUAAUUGCUAAUCACUGAUGUCAACGUGUACAUCGACGAGUAUGUACUGUAUAUCUGCUCAAUGCAAUCGUUUCGAUUAUUAUUAGUUUCUUUUGUUCACUGAUAUGUAGUUGAUAAAAGUCUAAUAUCAUAUGAUCUUGACUAUUGUAGUGAAAUGUCUAAACGGGUCUUAUCAGCAUUAUGCUUCAUAUCAAUUAGAUCAUAUCAUAUAGUUGUGUUAUCUUCACAUGCCAUGAGGUAAACCUUUCAUUAUUUUUUUACCUUCAAAAUAAAUUUUGAAAUAUUUUUUACUAAAAAAUUCAUAAUUACGUUAAAAUUUAAUGCAUUUUAAUAAAUUGCUAAAAACGCAAUAAAAAUGUAAUUGUAUCGUACUAUAAUGCAGUUAUAAAGAAAAUACAUUAAUUAUUUACUAAAAAUUGAUUUAUUUUUCAAUUCUAAAUAUUCUAAAAAUAUAUUUAAAAUUACGUUUUUUUAUCAAACUGCUCAAAAUACAGUUAUUACAAUUAACGAAAUAUAUCUCUUUAUAAUCAUUAAUUUUUAUCAAUAAAAUCAUUUUAUUACUAAACUGAUAACAUGAAAAUUAUUUAUGAUAAAAUAAAAACUACAAUUGUUUACCUCUUAUCAACGGCCAUGUUAAGAUAUCACAACGAUAUUGUUUUAGUUUACUAAAAAUUCUUACGACAAUAGCAAUUAACUAUUUUUCUAACAAGAAAAUGAUUGUUUCGCAACUUGUUUACACUCUAUGAAUAUAACUUAUCAUGAUCAUUGUGUGUAGAGACAUUAUUUAAUACGACGUAACGUGCUUCCAUUUUCCAUAUGAUUACAUCUAUUCAUCAAAUCUAUCUAUUAGAUAAAUAAAAUUAUAUAAAACUUAUCAGAACGCCACCAAAGAACUUACGUGAAAAUAUGAAAAUAUCAUGAUCUAAAUUUAUAUAUCUACAGAUAAGACUAGCUUAUAAGAUUGAUAAUAUUGAAUUUAGAGUAAAACUAUGAUUGUAAAUAAUGAAAAUGAAACAUGUCACCAAAUAGAGCAAAACUGUUUGAAAGCUUUAGUAAUAAUAUUUUGAUUAAUUCAAGAUUAGUUAGAAUACGUAGAUUAGAUCAAUAGAAUCUAAAGUCUUUAAUUUAAAAAAUGCUUGAGACUUACCUGCAUCAUUAUUCUUCUUUAAUCUUCAAAUAAACAUAAUGUUUUAUUAUAAUCUCAAUGAUUUACUGUUUGUUGCAAUAUCCGAAUGUCACAAUAUAUUGAUACAUAUUAAAAUGUU